GGGAAUCUGCGCGUGGGGCUUCGCAGGAGCAUCUCAGAGUGUCUGAAAUGAGCUACACGGGCAGAGGAACUCCUCUCAGACUUGCUGUGGUUGUAAUGCUGUUCUCAUCGGGAACGCCGUGGACUUUCCGAGAGAAGGAGGAUGUGGACAGAGAUGUGUGUUCAGAGAACAAAAUCGCAACGACGAAAUACCCGUGCGUAAAAUCCACAGGAGAGGUGACUACAUGCUACAGAAAGAAGUGCUGUGAAGGUUUUAAGUUUGUACUAGGACAGUGUAUUCCAGAAGACUAUGAUGUGUGCGCUGGCGCCCCAUGUGAACAGCAGUGUACCGAUCAUUUCGGCCGUGUGGUGUGCACCUGUUACCCUGGGUAUCGUUAUGACCGGGAACGACACCGAAACCGUGAGAAACCAUACUGCCUGGACAUUGAUGAAUGUGCCAACAAUAACGAGACGGUGUGCUCACAGAUCUGUGUGAACACCCCCGGCAGCUACCGGUGUGAGUGCGAGAAAGGCUUCUACCUAGAGGAUGAUGGGAAAACAUGCACCAAGGGCGAGCGAGCUCCGCUGUUUGAGAAGUCAGACAACGUCAUGAAAGAGAGAACGUGCUCGGCCACAUGUGAAGACUUCCAUCAGAUGAAGAUGACCGUUCUACAACUCAAACAGAAGAUUGCCUUGUUGCCGAGCAACACAGAGGUCAAUAAACAGAUGACCAGUGAAAAGAUGAUGAUGACACACUCAUUCUUACCUGGACCUCCAGGGCCACCUGGGCCUGCAGGGAGCCCAGGGCCCAAAGGUUCCCUUGGUCCCCCAGGACAAAUGGGGCCACCAGGCAUGCCCGGUCCUAGAGGCGACAUGGGGCUCAUGGGACCCUCACCGGACCUGUCGCAUAUCAAACAGGGACGCCGUGGCCCAGUGGGUCCACCCGGGGCUCCAGGGAGAGAUGGCAUGAAGGGAGAGAGAGGGGUUCCUGGCCCUUCCGGACCUCCAGGCCCGCCAGGAUCCUUUGACUUCCUGUUACUCAUGAUGGCUGACAUUCGUAACGACAUCGCAGAGCUGCAGAACAAAGUGUUCAGCAGACCAUUGCACUCCGUAGAGGAUUUCCCAUCUGCCCCGGACAAUUGGAGGGACACCCAGGAAAGCCUGGACUUUGGCUCUGGAGAAGACUACAAACCCCAGAUCCCACCUAAGAGCACCAGGAAAAGGAAAUUGCCCCGGACCUUAAAUAAUCCAGAUUGGCCAAUUUAAGAUUGCCCUCGAACAGUGCCAGAACUGAAAGAAAGAACUGAUUAUAGAGAGAAUGAGUAGUGUAAAUAUCACAGAAUGACUGCUAUUUAACUGUAUACUCGCUGAAAAAAAGGCUGAAUGUAUUUCAUUGUAUGAAAUUUCUAUUUUUAUAACAUAAAGGAUGUACAUUUUGUAUUUUGGGCGUUUUGAACGUGUCAUUUGUCAACCAAAUAACUAACAGGUUACAUAUACCAUGGUUAUCUUGUUCU